AUGCAGCGCCGCGCGUGGACGCGGCUCGUCGCAGCCAUCUUCAACACGGCGGCGAUGACUGUCUUUUACGGCCUCGCGGUCACCAAGUACAUUCGGACAGGCGACUCGAUCAACGAUGUGCUCGGCUACAACACGGCGACGCUCUCGAUCCAUCUGCACGUGCUGCCGUUCGUCAAUAUGGACGUCAUCUCGGCCGGGUACGGGACGCCGAUUUCGCGCGAGAGCUUGAACCUCUCGACCACCGGCGUCUCGGUGCGCAUGCGUCUCGGCGCGUCGACGUCGACGCUCAAUGCGAUGACGACUCCCGGGUCGGCCACGUUCUUCGCGACCAUGGCGCUCUCGACACUCGGGCUCAACACGUCGGCGCUGCUAGCAGCGCCAUGCGGCAGUACGCGGCUGCGCUCCACGACAAACAUGCUGGCCAAGCCGUCGGGCAGUGCGACGUGGUCGGGCAUCAACAACCUCCCGACGACGAUCAAAGCGACUACCAACGUCGCCUACAUGACGUCGUCGGUGACGCACGACGGACGCUGCCAAGUCAAUUUGAAACUCUACCAUCUCGAGGCGUUCGAGCUAUGGCGCUCCCACAUGCACACGUUCAACGCGUUUGAAACCACGCUGUGUACCACCUUGCACCUUCACAACGGCACAGUGAUGUCGUCCAGCAACAACAACCAGGUGCUCUGGACCUUUCACCCGAGCGAGGGUGACUUCAACUGGUUCUUCUACCGCGCGUACGACGCCUCGUACAACGCUGCGGCGCUGACGUCCCAGCUCGUGAGCAUGGCCCUCCUCGUAAGCGGAUUUGUGCGGCGCGUGGCGUAUACGACGCCGACGGGCGCGCGCAAGAUGCUCGUGCGUUACUCGACGAAUUUGCUCGCGCCCCAAGCCGCCUAUUACAACAGCGCGAUCGUCAACUUCCUCGAAGUGUACAUGAUUGUGAGCAACCGGUUCGCGUUCUUCCGCACCGUGAACGCGCUCGACUUUUUCAUGACGUCGGGCUGGGGCUUUGACAC